AGCGGAGCUGCAGCGCUCUAUCAGACUGAGCGACUGGUUCCGGCUCACAGACAACGGGGACAUGGCGUCGCUCAUUCAGCUGAUGUGCUGGCCAGGAGACUGGGGUCUGCCCUCCGUCCACACCGACUCUCUCAUCAUAUUGGCAUAUGCCAAAUUUUCACGGGCUCCUCUAAAAGUGCACUUUAUUAAUAAUCCAUGGAAAACACCUACAGGAGACAUUCCAGUAUUAAUUUCUGACAAUAUGAAUGUAGUGCAACCUGAAAAUAUUCUGAAUUUCCUGAGAAAACAGAAAUACAACGCAGAUUAUGAAUUAACAGCUAAAGAGGGAGCUGACACUCUGGCAUUUAUUGCACUGAUAGAAGAGAAGUUGCGUCCUGCAUUGCUGCACACUUUUUGGGUGGAUAUUGAGAAUUACUGCAAUCUGACUCGACCGUGGUUUGCUUCAAGAAUCCCCUUUCCAUUGAACUUCUACUUACCAGGGCAGAUGUCAAGAUCUGCAAUGAAUCAAAUUGUUCUGACCAAAGGAGAACCACCUUUAUACAACCUCAAGGAGGUGGAAGCGCAGAUCUACAGGGAUGCCAAAGAAUGUUUGAACCUUCUAUCCUACAGAUUGGGAACAUCAAAUUUCUUCUUUGGGAAAAUACCAACCAGUUUUGAUGCCUUUGCAUUUGGAUUUCUUGCUCCUCUGUAUAAAGCAGAGCUGCCUAAUGCCCACCUCCAGAAGCAUUUGCAUCAGCUCCAUAAUCUGUGCCAAUUCUGUGACAACAUCCUGAGUCAGUACUUCACACAAAGCUCUACAGAAGAUAUGAUGGAUGCAAACCUACAGAAGCUGACGCAGCUUGUAAACAAGGAAUCCAACCUGAUUGAGAAGAUGGAUGACAAUCUUCGCAACAGUCCCCAACACAAACCUCAAGUUGCACCCCCUUCAAAAUUGAUGCCCAUGGGCAGUGAAGCCUGCUCAUCGCGACACUGAUUGUCUUGACUCUUUUUGCAUAUAUAUUUGCAGCAAAUCUUCAGUUAACAGAACUUUAACGUGACCAUGGAUCUAAAGAGCGGGUAAUGGGAGAUAAUUUUUAAAAAGUGCCAUUUUACGAUGAGGUAUCUAAUGUGCUGACCUGAACAUGUAUCCAAGAUGGAGAUCUGAAGGAUUCACUGAACACUGUGGGAUUCACCAGGUGUUGUUUCCAAUUCAGCAACUAGCACUUAGGAAACAGUACCCUUUCAGAUAUAAUUUAUCAGACAUGCAUUUAUUAUUACUUGAGCAAAUAUUAGUGUUUUAAAUGUGUUAAACUACAAUAGAUAAUUGACUGCCAUUAGACAUUCUAGGUUGAGAUAGUGCUACUUAUUAUAGAUGGAGGUGAGACAUGCCAGUUUUUGAAGGGUUGACCAGGUGGCUGACAGUUCUGGAGGCAAACGUCAUCUGGAAGCCAGAGCGUUUCCUAGAAUACUGUACUGUUUUAGUGCUGCAGUCUAUAUCAUACAGAUGUUGUCCAACUCUGAUCUGUCUUGUAACGAGUGAACAGCCACUCUUUUAAUAGCUGUCACCAGUAGUUCACUCACCUGAAAAAAUUGUACCUCAAGUAAUGUUUCCAAAGGGCUGUAGUUAUUACGCCUCAAUCAAUGUAUUGUCGCCUCUGUAGUUUUAGUGGAGACAGCUUCAGGAAAGAAUACUAACGUAUUGUAAAUAAUGUCAGGAUAUUAUUUUCCUAAAAUUCCAUAGAUUAAUAAAGUAAAGAAAAUAUUAGAACGUAUUAAAAACACUGACUUUAGAAAUCAUUUUGGAGAAAAAUGUGUUUGGUUACAUAAAUGUAUGUAAUGGUUACUAACAAACUUAUGUGCAUAAGAAAACAAUCAAUUAGAAUCAGUUAAGGUUUGUACCCUAUCAAAUUUAGUUCAGAUGCUGCUGUCAUUUGAAGUCAUAAAACUUCCUGCAGUUACGACUGAAUCAGUUAACUUGAGUUAGUGUGUCGAAUUUAAUCUCAAAAUGUGUGAUGGGAAGAAUCUUCAGAGUGGAACCUGAUCAAAUAUUUUUAGUGGCCUGUUUAUAACCAAAUUGUUUGAACCCAAGUUAUUCAAGAGAAAUUGUAACUUGGUUGAAAUUUGUGUUUAAAUUGUAAAUCAGUGCAUUAAUAAGUAAAAUGUCAGCUUAAAUGAUAUGCUUAAAUUGCAGUUCAAGUGUGAUGAAGCUAACUUUGGAAAAGGACAUUAUCGUGCCUUUAAGUACGUUCUUGUUAAACUCAGAUUUUGCCUUGAUAAAAUACAGUAAGACCAUUUUACUCUAAAGAAAAGCUUCAAAUCAUUAUGUUAGCAAGGGUGUUUGUCUACGUAAAUAUAUUUUUGAAAGUUUAGGACAUUUUCUGUACUUUAUACUGUUCUUUACUGUUUGACAUUCUCCUCAAGAAUACUUUACUUUAUUUGCAAAAUGAAAAUCUGGAGUGUGGAUGCCACCAUGCCACAUGUACUGUGAUACAUUGCUAAUAACAGUUUAAAUACAAGAAAAAUUGAGAAUAUUUGCACAAGGCUACUUAGUAAAUGUGAUUUUGUAUUAAAUGCAGAUACUGAGCCAGUUUUGGUUAACCAUCUAUCUUUCAUAAUGAAAAUAGGAAGUGCGAGCAAUACUCAGCAGGUCUGGCAGCAUCUGUGGAGAGAGAUGCACUUAACAUUUUUGACUCAAACAUGGACUUUAUAGAAAAGUAAUUGUUUUGUAGUACAUAACUUAAAUAUUGCUAAAAGGAGAUGAGAUGUUGAAGAUAUUCAUUUUGCACUCAUCAGAACUAGGAUGCAAGAAACAGACUUGAGAAAGGGGACACUAUUUUAUACACAUAACGUGGUUCUGAUUGGUAUCCUUCGGUGCCAUUCACUACAAGAUCAGUCUUAAUGGCAUUCUUGUGAAUAAGGCCAUAGCCAUCAGCUCAGGACUUGAUGCUGAGAUAGGGCAUAUCAAAAAACUAUAAUGGAUAUGCCGAUCAAGUCAUCAUUCACUUUAAAUAAACCAAAACAGAUGAAAGGGCUAAUGUCCUCCAUCUUUGGCCCUGAGCAGCGCCCAGCCUCCCUCGGAUUAUGCUGGAAGAUGAAGAUGUCUCCAAAAUUUGAAUGACAGGUGUCUCACACUGCUGGUAUACAGUA